AUGAUACCAUUAAACGCACCGCAUCCUCUGCAGAAUGGGCAUUCACCGUCAACGAUGGCCUCAUUCACGACUGAUCAUUUUAGCGCCACGAAUUCGUCGUGGAAUAGUAAUCAGGAAAUUGCUCGAUUGUUGUAUUCCGCUCCAAGCCAUCCGGAAUGGAUAACGCAGCAAGUGGCCAUUCGACCUCAAACGGGGGCGCAAUAUAUGUUUUGUCGCUUUGAUGGUAAUUGGUUCAAGAUGGACGGGUACGAGUGGAAGAAACGGCGAGAAGGAAAGCUCAUACGAGAGGACCACAUGAAAUUGAAGGUGAAUAAGCAAGAGAUCCUUUCUGCAAAUUAUGCCCACUCGUCUGUUGUUCCAACGUUCCACAGAAGAGUGUACUGGCUAACAAAUAACCCUGAUUAUGCACUUGUGCACUACCUUAACACGGAAACCGAAAUCAACCUGAAGAACAUCAUGGACAAGAUUUUGGCAUGCAUCAAAUUGAACAGCCUAAAUCUCGGCCAACAGCAGCUCUUGGAUCAGAUUUCUCCUAUAUAUGCGAAUAUGUUAAAUCAACAAGACAUUGCAUGCAUCUGUGAGAAAUUGGGCAAUAUCGUACGGUAUUCUCCAUGUGGUAACAAUGAGACGCAUGAGGGAAAGCCUCAGAUGGGAGCUCAUACUGCUGUUGCGACACCGCGAAGUCAACCCAUAUCGAAUCAUGGAUCUUCGCACCAGUUGGAAAGGCGAAAUUCGUGCAGCUCAGCCUUCCGCCCUGGUUUGUCGUCACUAAUCCUUCGAAGGCAGCCGUCAACCUUCAGUGAUUCAGUGGAUGUUAAUUAUGGAGCUGCUCCGGCUCUAAACAACAUGAUGGACGGAAUGGCAGUAAAAGAGCCUCUCACUGGUUACUCGGUUGAUGGACGUUCUCACUCCGGAGAGACGCAGCGUAGCAGCAACCAAGAUGAGGACAUGUCGAUAAGCCUUCAACCGUCUCAGCCCGCUUCGCAUUCGUCGCACAUUCAGGACAACCAGCCAUCGACAAGUCUUGCGCCGAUUACGGAUAUCACACCUAAUAGUGGAUGUGUCAAGGGUGGCACAAAAGUGUUGGUCAUUGGUGGAUGGUACAUGAAGGGCCAUGAUUAUACGGUUAUGUUUGGUGAGCGACGUAUACCAGCAAGACUGAUACAAGUUGGAGUGCUGUCUGUCAUUGUACCACCAGCUUCAAUGAGCGGUAUUGUUCCGGUACGAGUGUUGUGCAACGGUCAAGUAAUUUCAUCGAGUAGUGAAUUUACGUACAAAGAAGAGCAAGAUGAGCUUACCGUAUCAGCUCUUCGACAGUGCAUGGUCGACAGACUUCAAAUUGUCGUACAUGCCUUCGGAGCGAUGGAUAAACUAGAGUGGGUGGCAUCAAUUGAUGAAGACUCAGUUUUGUCAUUGCUGCGAAGUCUGACUGGACGUCGUCCAUCAAUGCCGUCGCUACUCUCAGCUCAUCCGACGUUACCAUCGCGGACGAUUCUGCACAUUGCAGCUGCUUUGGAUUACCACAAGGUUAUAGAGCAUGUGCUGGCGUGGAGACGCAACCUGCCAUUUAGCCGAGAGUUUGAUCCAUUAGCUCGUGAUGGUGAAGGCCGAACACCUCUUCAUAUGGCUGUUGCUGCUGGCCAUGUGGCAUCGGCAAGAGUGCUGGUGCGAGCAUGUCGUACGACGGUUGAUGUACUGGACGACCGUGGAAGAACCCCAUGUGAUUUGAGUUGUGACGAGCAAAUGAUGCGGCUUACAGCUCGCACAAGUGAUCGUGACGCUGAUGAGCACCGAGCUUUGCCCAAAAAUGCAGAGGACGUCGAACAUGUAACAUCAACAGCUUUGUGGGUACUCACGAAUGGCGAGACUGUCACGGACGAACAUCUGCUAAGGGAUAGGCAUCCGGCUGAGGGAGAGGAUUCAUGCUCUUCAAUUCUCAGCGACGCUCCCAACGAUGAUCAUCACCUCGGUCGACCAGGCACGAGCGGAUCGAAAUGGUGUGAUGAGCCACUCCAUGUGGAAAUAUCAAUGGACACAGAUGUUCAUGUACCGGAUUC